AUGACUCAAGUUAAAAGGGAUGUGACUUUUCAUCAUCCAAACUCGGCUCCGUGGACAUCAGCCUCGCUGAAUAUCAUCGUGCAGGCUAUUGAUGCGCACAACAAGGAUUUGCAGGAGAUAAAUGCAAAGAUACACAGCAACCCAGAACUGGCCUUCAAUGAGUUUAUGGCACAUGACAACAUCACUGCUAUGCUCCAGGAUAUUGGGUUCACCGUAACAAAACAUGCUUAUGGCCUCAAGACUUCCUUUGUCGCAGAAUAUGGAAGUGGCGGCCGCGUUGUGGCCUUCAACGCCGAAUAUGAUGCCCUCCCGCAAAUUGGCCAUGCAUGCGGUCACAAUCUCAUUGCCACAUCAUCAAUUGGCGCCUUCAUUGGACUGGCUGCUGUCUUGAAGGAAUUAAAGCUGCCUGGUCGAGUUAGGAUCAUUGGUACCCCGGCAGAGGAAGAGGGUGGUGGAAAACUCCACAUCAUCGAAGCUGGAGCAUAUGAAGAUGUCGAUGCGUGUCUAAUGGUCCAUCCUGCAGCACACAAAAGAUUUCCAGAUGGGGUAACAGGCGUUGCAUAUUGCAGGUCCACUGCAAAUGUCAAAUUUAGAGCCCACUUUAUUGGAAAGCCAGCUCACGCGGCAACGGCGCCGUGGCAAGGCGUCAACGCCCUCGAUGCGGUCUGCUUAGCGUAUAACGGCGUGUCAAUGCUGAGACAGCAGAUGCAGACGUAUGAGAGGGUCCAUGGUGUGAUCACCGAGGGUGGUUUGAAACCGAAUAUCAUCCCGGCCAGUGCAUCAGUGGACUACUAUUGUCGAAGUACAACUUUGAACGAAGCGGAGGCUCUGAAGGAUAGAGUUGUAAAAUGCUUUGACGGGGCCGCAACAGCAACGGGUUGUUCGGUCGAAUAUGAAAUUAUCAACAAGUAUGCGGAUCUGAGACCAAACAAGACUCUCUGCUCGAAUUACGCAUCUGCUAUGGAUGCACUCGGCUCUCCCGUUAUUUACGACACUGGGGUCAUAAAUUCUGGCUCGACUGAUAUGGGUAAUGUAACCUACAUUUGCCCCGGUUUCCACGGCGGCUUCGCUAUCCCGGCAGAUCCAGGCGCAUUUAACCAUACCCCGAGUUUCACUGGCGCAGCUGCAACAAGUAAAGCACACGAGCUAGCCAUCAUUACUGCCAAGGGGAUGGCCAUCGCAGGAUGGAACGUCUUGUCCGAUGAUGACGUUGCGGGGAGGAUUAGGAAGGAAUUUGAGGAGGACAAGAAAGUUAGGGAGGGCCUAUCGUUGAAUUAG